AUGGGACGUCUUUCUCCAAAGGUCUAUCAGUUCCUCGUGGGUGUUUUCGCCUCAGUGGGAUCUAUCCUUUAUGGUUAUGAUCUAGGUGUUAUCGCAGAAGUCGUUGCAAGUGAUACCUUUGUCGCCCAAUUCAAACCAACUUCUACAGAAAUUGGGAUUGUAGUUUCUUUCUUCACCGGUGGGGCUUUCUGUGGCUCCGGUCUUGCGGGACCAAUUGGAGAUAGAUUCGGGCGUCGAUGGACUAUAUUUGCAGGAUGUAUUAUCUUUAUAUUCGGAGGUAGUCUUCAAACCGGUGCACAGCAUCUCCAUUAUCUCUGGGCUGGUAGAUGGAUUGCCGGAUUAGGAGUUGGUUUCCUGGUUAUGAUUAUUCCCCUAUACCAAGCCGAAAUCGCACAUCCCAGUAUUCGAGGUCGUAUCACAUCAUUGCAACAGUUCAUGUUGGGUAUUGGUUCUCUCAUGGCCGGGUGGAUUAGUUAUGGAACAUAUAUUGGUCUGAAGAGUUCCGCUCAAUGGCAUAAAGGCCUCUCAACCCUUGCCCGAUUGCACGCAAAUGGUGAUGAGAAUGAUCCGUGGGUACGAGCCGAAUUCGACCAAAUUCAAGACAGCAUUACAUAUGAACACGAACACGAAGCACAAUCGUAUAUGGAGUUAUUCACAAAUAAAUCAUCCUUCCGCCGAUUAUUGAUCGCUUGCGCUCUACAAGGAUCUGUUCAAAUGACUGGUGUUUCCGCAAUUCAGUAUUACUCGGUAAAGAUUUAUGGACAAAUUGGCAUUCAAGGAAGUGAUGCUUUGAAAUAUCAAGCUAUCAACAAUAUCAUUGCGUUGCUUGGGGAAGCUUGUUGUGUUAUUUUCAUUGAUAAAUUGGGACGAAGAUGGCCUUUGAUUUGGGGUAAUCUGCUCAACAUGCUCACUUUCAUCAUUGCCGUUAUCCUCAUUGCCACAUUCCCCCCCGGUAUCAAUUACAACACCGGCGCCUCCUGGGGCUUCAUCAUCAUGACCUGGCUCUACAACUUCUCCUUCUCCGCCACCUGCGGACCCCUCUCCUGGGUUAUCCCCGCCGAAAUCUUCGACACCCGCACCCGUUCCAAAGGUGUCUCCAUCGCAACCAUGGUCUCCUUCGCCUUCAACACGCUCAUCGGUCAAGUCACCGAUACGGCCAUGGCCAACAUUGGGUACCGAUACUACUUCGUAUUCAUCAUUUGCAAUUUCACCAAUACGCUAUUCUUCUAUUUGUUCUUACCCGAGACUGCAAGAAAACCUUUGGAGGAGAUGAAUUAUCUCUUUACGCACGCGCCAAUUCUUGUCCCCGGAACAGACAAAGCCAGAUACAACGCAGGCUACGCCGCAGAUAUCGAACGAAGAGCACAGGAAAUUGGCGAGAAGGGAGAGAUUGAAGUUGCUCAUUACCAGCACGAGAUUGAUAAGAGCCGUGGCACUAAUUUGGCUUUUGCUUAG